CCGCGCGUGGCAGCUCUCAGGCUUCUUCUCUGUUCUAUGUCUGGUACUAGCCAUUAGGUCUGUUGGUGCCGAAGUGUGGAGACUGUGAGCGUGGAACCAGUGUUGGUUUAUACGCGAAUGCGAAAAUAUGGCAAGUUCGUCACGAAAUUCUACAAACAAAGUUUGUUGUUACGCACAUCCAGAUGCUCCACUUAUAGAAGAUUACAGGGCGGGAGAUCAAAUUUGUUCGGAAUGCGGAUUGGUCGUGGGGGACAGAGUGAUAGACGUGGGCUCAGAAUGGCGGACGUUUAGCAAUGAAAAGUCAGGCGUGGACCCGUCGCGAGUUGGCGGCCCAGAGAAUCCACUUCUCAACGGCGCGGACCUGUCGACGAUGAUUGGGCCGGGAACGGGCGCCGCGUCUUUCGACGGCUUCGGUACCGCCAAGUACCAGAAUCGGCGUACCAUGAGCAGUUCCGACCGAGCUCUGCUGAAUGCGUUUCGCGAGAUCAACAGUAUGGCGGAUCGUAUCAACUUGCCGAAAACCAUUGUGGACAGAGCCAACACGCUGUUCAAGCAAGUGCACGACGGCAAGAACCUCAAGGGUCGCGCGAACGACGCGAUUGCCUCCGCGUGCUUGUACAUUGCCUGCCGGCAGGAGGGUGUGCCGCGUACGUUCAAGGAGAUCUGCGCGGUCAGCAAGAUAAGCAAGAAGGAGAUCGGGCGGUGCUUCAAGCUGAUUCUCAAAGCUCUCGAGACCAGCGUGGAUCUUAUCACCACCGGUGACUUUAUGUCCAGAUUUUGUUCCAAUCUGGGCCUCCCCAACAUGGUACAGAGAGCCGCUACGCAUAUCGCUAGGAAAGCAGUGGAGAUUGACAUUGUACCUGGAAGAUCGCCCAUCUCUGUUGCCGCUGCAGCAAUUUACAUGGCGUCACAGGCAUCGGAAGACAAGAGAUCGCAGAAGGAGAUCGGCGACAUCGCCGGUGUUGCGGACGUCACGAUCCGGCAGUCGUACAAACUAAUGUAUCCGCAUGCGAGCAAACUCUUUCCGGAAGAUUUCAGAUUUGCCACACCGAUCGAUCAGUUACCACAGAUGUAAAGUUCGGAAAGUUUUCUUCCGGAAUAUAUAUAUUUAAUCGUUUUAAAGGAACACUUGUUUUCCAUUACGAGCAUAAACUGAUUAUGUCAUUAUUUCACACGGGGGGGGGGGGGUUACAUUCCUAAAUAAUUUCAAUGCAAUUCGUUAUUUUCUUUUAUCCAUAGACAGUAGUGUAUGUGUUAAUAAAUUUCCCUUCUCUCUUUUUAAUCGAUUUUCUUCAGAAUGCAUUUUUCCCCGAGGAUGUAUCGGCGCUUACGUGGAAUAUAUUUAAUUUCUAUGACAUUUUAUACUCUGCGGUAAUAAAAAUUGUCUCGUGCGGUUCUUCGAGUUGCACGCAACUCGGCUUUCCGCUAUGUUCUCGUAUUUAUAACGGAAAACAAGUCCGUUCAGAGUAUCGCGCUGGUGUAGCAGAUAAGACAACUAUUUUUCCAUCUGCACGUAAUUAGAACGCAAAUUCUUACAGGAUGGCCUCCCAUUAUUUGACAUACAUGCGUAAGACAUGCAUACAUACGUAAGGAUUUGUAGUUGACAUGAUUAUAUAAUUAACUGUAAUUAUAUAUUAAUUAUAUAAUUAUUAUACAAUUUUCUAUGUGUAUAUAAUUGGUAUAUAUAUAUGCUUAAUUAUAUAAUUAAUAUUUAUAAGGAUAUACAUAUAGUAACAUACAAGAUUAGACGGUUUAGUAGACGUACAAGAUGGAGGGGAACAGGAAACUGUGUAUAUAUGUAUACGUGUGCGUGAUUAUAUGUUCAAUUCUAUGUUUCCUACAAAGUCCUUGUGUAUUUCCUCGAUAGGAUUUGGCCACUGAUUCCGAGCAUCUUUUCGCAAAUACGCAUAAAGCCGUAUUAUCGCAAUCGAGAUUGUCGUACAAUAAGGAUAUUGUAUAAAAUUUAUUCUGUGAUAUUUAAAAAGCGAAAGGAGAGAAACAACAUUACCGCGAGUGUUUCGUCAAUUUGUGCCCGACGCAUACGAUAUUCUCAAACGCAUGAAAAUGUACCGGCUGAUUACACGCCGCAUUACACGUUAAUCCCCUGUGUUCUUAAGACAGUAAUAAAAUUCGAAUUUGACCCCUGAGAA